GCUGAGCCAACAUGACUUCCGUUCGCCUAAAUAGGAAGUCCUUUUCAUCGCCUUAGUUACCGGGAAGCGAGAAUGAUGACGUGUAGCACCGGAAGAAGGAGGGACCCGUGCGGGGGAGAUUGAAGCUUGCCGGGAAAAGGUUCGGCUACUGGGCGAAACCGGACCCUCUGCGCUCAUGGCUCCCCCAAGCAAGGCAGUUAUUGUUCCCGGGAACGGAGGCGGCGAUGUGGCCACCCACGGCUGGUACGGCUGGGUGAAGAAGGGGCUGGAGCAGAUACCUGGUUUCCAGUGUUUGGCUAAAAACAUGCCUGACCCAAUUACAGCUCGAGAGAGCAUCUGGCUGCCCUUCAUGGAGGUGGAGCUGCACUGUGAUGAGAAGACCAUCAUCAUAGGACACAGUUCUGGGGCCAUUGCAGCCAUGAGGUAUGCAGAAACACACCGAGUAUAUGCUAUUGUGUUAGUGUCUGCAUACACCUCCGACUUGGGGGAUGAAAAUGAGCGGGCCAGUGGAUACUUCAACCGUCCCUGGCAGUGGGAGAAGAUCAAAGCCAACUGCCCUCACAUCGUACAGUUUGGCUCCACUGAUGAUCCUUUCCUUCCCUGGAAGGAACAACAGGAAGUGGCUGAUAGGCUGGAAGCCAAAUUGUACAAAUUCACUGACCGUGGCCACUUUCAGAAUGUGGAGUUUCAUGAACUGAUUAGUGUGGUAAAGUCUAUGCUGGUUUCAGCAUAG